AUGGAUCCCUCCCGCAUGUUCUACCGCGCUUUCAGGUCUUUGGCAUCCACUCGUCCCACCGCAAAUCCCCAACGCCGCUGGCAGUCCAACCCAGCCGACUCGCCAGAGUUCCGCAGCAUCCUCGACAACCCCGUCAAGCUCGUGCGAACCAACCGCAAACAUCGCCCGUUCGGCCUGAUCAUCCUCGCGACCAUCCCCGUCACCGCGUUCAUCCUGGGUUGCUGGCAGGUGCAGCGGCUGGGCUGGAAGACGGACCUCAUCGCCAGGUUCGAAGAUCGCUUGAUUCGGGAGCCGCUGCCGCUGCCGCCCGUCGUCGAUCCCGAUGCUAUCAAAGAGUUCGAUUAUCGGAGGGUGUGGACGAGAGGCACAUGGAGACACGAUGAGGAGAUGCUGAUCGGGCCGCGAGUGCAUGAUGGGAAGGAUGGAUAUUUGGUAAUUACACCGUUGGAUCGGUCGGCCGAGUUUGCGGGAAACACACGGAAUACAACGGUGCUGGUGUGUCGGGGUUGGAUCACGAAAGAGAAAGCUUCCAAGUCUAGCCGUCCCGAUGGACUGCCAAUGGGUGAAGUGGUGGUGGAGGGACUACUGAGAGAGCCGUGGAAGCGGAACAUGUUCACGCCCGCAAACAACCCGGCGGAGGACAAGUGGUACUUCCCGGACGUCUACGAGAUGGCGUCGCACGUUGGAUCACAGCCGAUCUGGAUCGAGGAGACAAUGAAUCCGGACUUGCUCGCGAGUUAUCAUCGCGAGGACAAAGGCAUCCCCAUUGGACGGCCGGCCGAGGUGAACCUGCGGAACAAUCAUACCCAGUACAUCUUCACCUGGUUCUCGCUGAGUCUGGCGACGAGUGUGAUGCUGUGGAUGGUGGUCAAGCGCCCUUACGGAGGCGUUGCGAGACGGAUCCGGCAAAACAAAGAAUGGUAG